GCGAGCGGGGAGCCCGGCCCCGGGGCUGCUCCUUGAACGCCACCUCCCACAGCCACAUCCCAGAGCCCUCCCUCCGCCGGGCCGAGCCGGGCAGGGCCGUGCCGAGCCGGGCAGGGCCGGGCAGGGCGGUGGCAGCUUCCGUGGGGGGCGAGCGGGAGCGGAGGCGGAGGUAGCGCAGCCGGUGCCCAGCCAUGCUGCCCUUCGGGGGGAUCGCCGCCCGGCUGGAGCGGGACCGCCUGCGAGCCGAGGGGGUGGGCCAGCACCACAACGCCGUCAAGUACCUCAACCAGGACUACGAGGCCCUCAAGCAGGGGUGCAUCGAGAGCGGGACCCUCUUCAGGGACCCCCAGUUCCCGGCCGGCCCCUCCGCCCUCGGCUUCAAGGAGCUGGGGCCGCACUCCAGCAAGACGCGGGGGGUGGAGUGGAAGCGCCCCUCGGAGUUGGUGGGUGACCCUCAGUUCAUCGUUGGCGGUGCAACCCGGACGGAUAUCUGCCAGGGGGCUCUGGGCGACUGCUGGCUGCUGGCUGCCAUCGGCUCCCUCACGCUCAACGAGGAGCUCCUGCACCGCGUGGUGCCCCACGGGCAGAGCUUCCAGGAGGACUACGCCGGCAUCUUCCACUUCCAGAUCUGGCAGUUCGGCGAGUGGGUGGACGUGGUGGUGGACGACCUGCUGCCCACCAAGGACGGGGAGCUCCUGUUCGUGCACUCCGCGGAGUGCACCGAGUUCUGGAGCGCUCUGCUGGAGAAAGCCUACGCCAAGCUGAACGGCUGCUACGAGGCGCUUUCGGGGGGCAGCACCACCGAGGGCUUCGAGGACUUCACCGGCGGCGUGGCGGAGAUGUACGACCUCAAGCGGGCGCCGCGCAACAUGGGCCACAUCAUCCGCAAGGCGCUGGAGAGGGGCUCCCUGCUGGGCUGCUCCAUCGACAUCACGAGUGCCUUUGAUAUGGAAGCGGUGACCUUCAAGAAGCUGGUGAAGGGCCAUGCCUAUUCCGUCACAGCCUUCAGAGAUGUGAACUACCGGGGUCAGCAGGAGCAGCUCAUCCGCAUCAGGAACCCCUGGGGCCAGGUGGAGUGGACGGGAGCCUGGAGCGAUGGCUCCCCCGAGUGGGACAACAUCGACCCCGGCGACAGGGAAGAGCUGCAGCUGAAGAUGGAGGACGGAGAGUUUUGGAUGUCUUUCCGGGACUUCAUGCGGGAGUUCUCCAGGCUGGAGAUCUGCAACCUGACCCCCGACGCCCUCACCAAGGACGAGCUCAGCAGGUGGCACACGCAGGUGUUCGAGGGCACGUGGCGCCGGGGGAGCACUGCUGGGGGCUGCAGGAAUCACCCAGCCACCUUCUGGAUCAACCCCCAGUUCAAGAUCAAGCUGCUGGAGGAGGACGACGACCCCGGGGACGACGAGGUGGCCUGCAGCUUCCUGGUGGCCCUGAUGCAGAAGCACCGGCGGCGGGAGCGGCGCCUGGGGGGCGACAUGCACACCAUCGGCUUCGCGGUCUACGAGGUUCCUGAGGAGGCCCAGGGCAGCCAGAACGUGCACCUGAAGAAGGAUUUCUUCCUGCGCAACCAGUCGCGGGCGCGCUCCGAGACCUUCAUCAACCUGCGGGAGGUGAGCAACCAGAUCCGGCUGCCCCCCGGCGAGUACAUCGUGGUGCCCUCCACCUUCGAGCCGCACAAGGAGGCCGACUUCGUGCUGCGGGUCUUCACCGAGAAGCAGUCGGACACGGCGGAGCUGGACGAGGAGAUCUCCGCAGAUCUGGCCGAUGAGGAGGAGAUCACCGAGGAUGACAUUGAGGAUGGCUUCAAGAACAUGUUCCAGCAGCUGGCAGGGGAGGACAUGGAAAUCAGCGUCUUCGAGCUCAGGACCAUCCUGAACAGAGUCAUCGCGAGGCACAAAGACCUGAAGACGGACGGGUUCAGCCUGGACUCCUGCCGCAACAUGGUCAACCUGAUGGAUAAGGACGGCAGCGCCCGCCUGGGGCUGGUGGAGUUCCAGAUCCUCUGGAACAAGAUCCGCAGCUGGCUGACCAUCUUCCGCCAGCACGACCUGGAUAAGUCGGGCACCAUGAGCGCCUACGAGAUGCGCAUGGCCCUGGAGUCGGCGGGCUUCAAGCUGAACAACAAGCUGCACCAGGUGGUGGUGGCCCGCUACGCCGACGCCGAGAUGGGGGUGGACUUCGACAACUUCGUCUGCUGCCUGGUCAAGCUGGAGGCCAUGUUCAGGUUCUUCCGCGGCAUGGACCCCGAGGGCACGGGCAGCGCCGUGAUGAACUUCGCCGAGUGGCUGCUGCUGACGAUGUGUGGCUAGGAGCCAGGGUGAUGGCCGUGCCUAGGACAGCCCGGCGGGCCAGGCCCCCUCCACGUGCCUCCCUGGGGGUCCCUGCACGCAGGACCAGCUCCUUCCCCUCGCUCCAUCCCACGCCGAGCCGCCCGCCCUCUCCCCUCCUCACCUCCCAGCCCAGAACAGGAGGAGGGCGAGCAGCAGGGGGGGGCUGGGGGUCACCGCAGCUGCUCGAGGGGGGGAGAAAGCUGGGGGCAGCUGCCCCCAAGGGAGAGGAGCUGUGGGGAGAGAGGGAGGGCUCGGAUCGCCUGCUCUAGGGCAUCAGCAGGUCCUGCCUUGCUCGGGCAGGGGCAGCUUGGUCCUGGGAAGCCAGGGCUGCCCUGCCGGGGAAGGCAGGCGGCGGGGAGGAGGAAGCUCUGCGCCCCCUAAAACCCUUCCCUCGCCCCAAAGAACGACCAAAGCGUGGAGCCCCGGCUGCUCAGCCUCCCCCAGCCCGGGCUCCUUUCUGCGUGGCCUUCCCCACCUCCCCCUCGCCCCCUUGCCCUUCGCCCCCCUCACGUAAGCACUGAACUGGGGGCUCCCCCUGCACUGUGGCACGGCACGGGGGGCUCCCCUCACCCCCCACCCCCCGUGGGCACCCUCCUUGCGCUUCUCCGUCCUCACCUUCUCCUCCGGGGAGGGGAAAGGGGGUGUCUCCAGCCUGGCGGUGGGCGAGGGCCCACGGGGGGCAGGCAGGCAGCCCCUCCCCAGCGCCUUGCAGCAAUAACCACUGCUGCCCCCCCGGCAGCGCCGCUUCCUCGCCCCCCUAACCCUGCUCCGGGUAAUAAAACGAGCUCUGUUGGA